AUCUUGGGAAGAAAACAACUAAUUGCGUCAUAUUAACAGUUUUUUUAAGUAAAAGAUUCGCAACUUCAAAAGACUCGCUGUUUGAAGAACAAAAAAUUAAGUUUUAAAAAUUGUAAAAAUGAAGUGGGCUUUCAAAGAAGAACAUACUAUAGAAAGCAGAUGUCAAGAGUCUACAAAAAUAAGAAGCAAGUAUCCGGAUCGAAUUCCUGUUGUAGUUGAGAAAGCUCCUCGUUCCACAAUUCAAGAUAUUGACAAAAGAAAGUUUCUUGUUCCCUCAGAUUUAACAGUGGCACAGUUUAUGUAUAUCAUUCGUAAACGCAUCCAGUUAGCUCCAGAAAAAGCUAUGUUCCUUUUUGUCAACAAGGUUUUGCCUGCUACUAGUGCAACAAUGGGAGCAAUUUAUGAAGAGCACAAGGAUGAAGAUGGAUUCCUUUACAUUGCAUACAGUGGUGAAAACACGUUUGGGUCUAUUUAACAUUAAUUUUUGAUUAUUUUCUUUAAAUGUCUCGUAAUUCACAUGUUGUAAAUAUUAGGUAUGAAAUAAAACAGUUUUACUGACCUCGUUAAAUACUAUUAAAAAGAGGAUCGAAUAAAAAACUUUUAUGUUAAUAUUCUUUGUAUUUAAUUUUUCAUUAAUUUUGUUUUCUUAGUUCUAAAUGUAUCAAAUUUAAGAUAAUUGUAAAUAAAAUAUAUAUGUUUGCAGCAA